GUUUGUUUCUGCAUAUUCAGCCAAUGCCUCAGCUGUCUCUUAAUUAUUUCUAUUGUUGCCGAAUGCCGUCUUCUUGUUUUUCAUACCUUGAAUCUUACCUACGCUGUCUACAAGGGUCCAACUUCUACGCUGAUGUCAGUUGGGGCCGAGCACUUCCAGAUAUCUUGAAUUUAUUGCUGCAUUAAUCCCUUUCCAGCUGCUCGCCGCGGCAGUUUCCACUUCUCCAAGUAUAUAUUAUAACACUCAGUUUUCGCUAAGAGUUUGCUAGCAUUUCGAUGGAAGGUCUUGUGGAACAUUUUUGUGCCACUUAUCCAGUUUUUCAGUGCUACUUUGACUACAAUUUUAGUUUGCCCGUCAUCAGAUUGUGACAUGAAGCUCUAUCGUCUCUUCUUUUUGUUUCUUCAACUUAGAUAAAAUUUCGUAAUUGUUUUAUGCAGAUGUAUAGGGUUGGUUUACCAUGGUAUGGUCCGGUGAAAUUCAUGAAGUUCUUCGUACGCAUUUGGAGGAAAUUGAUGUCGCUAAUAAGCACACUGUCGGAAGUACAUAGAUCUACCAGUCUCUGACCAUCUCCAUUCCUUUCGUCUAUUUCAUGUCACCACAUGAUCUAUUCGCGAGACGUGCUAUCAACCCCAAUCUUGACUUUUAGGUCCUCUAUCUAUGCGUCAGAUAUUUUCUUCUUCACGACUAGAGUACAGUAAAAGCUCUCCUGAAGUUAACAUUUUUGUCCAGAUUGUGUCCAAUGCGUUUCACUUAUUCCAAACACUCCCAGACAAUAUCUUCUCAAUUUUGCCGCUAUUUGGAUGGUCGUACUAGUAUCCCACAUUUUUCAAACACUCAAUAUACUAUAUUAAUUAUUGCUUUGGUUGCCAGAAAGAGUAUCGGCUCUAUGACUUCGAAAGAAUUUCGGCUUUUAUUAUGAGACAUCAUGUCAUCUACACGAAGACUCUUUAUCUCUAGGGCAGAUUUUGAGUGAUCGUUUUGACUGGUGUGCUUUCUUUAGCAAAACUUUUUUAUAUGAGGCGGAAUUACUAACCCUACAACCAAAUCAUUUCGUUUCUGCGGGCUUGAAACAAACAGUACCUCUAGAGCGGCUCCAGAUCCAGUAUCGACCCGAUCUUACUAGUUUUCGACUAUCAAAGACUGUGUUUAUUUGAGAGAGCACACGAUUUCGCUUAUUUUCAACACAAUCAGCUACUAUCCCUUACGUGCUUACAACCACAGCAAUGACGUGCAGUGACCUUUUCACAGUCAUUUAGUAAGAAAAGUUAUUACAAGACAAUAUUUUGAAAACUUUGAGAUUGUAUAUGUUGCUACCCAUUUGUUACUUAUGAAUAACAUUCUUUGUAAACCUAUCACAGAUCAUCAUACCUGUCAAUGGCAUCACAUAUGUGAACAAGAGAAUCUGGAUAUAUCAAAUGAAACUACUUCAUAAUUACAAAAUUACUGGAUUCGGAAAGAAGUAAUAGUCAAACCCAUUACUGAUUAAACGACUAUAUGUUAACAGACUUUACACUUAGAGAAACAAGCGAAUGAAACUACAUUUCAAACACUGUGAAUUGCAUAGAAGAAAAAACUCCACCAAAUCAGCCAUUCAUUACUCAACGGUAAGAAUUGGAGACAAAAACGAAUUUCACCUCAAGUAACCUAUGUUUUGCUAAGCAAUAGGAAUAAUAUACAGCCUGAGAUCACAAAAGGCUAAUAUUUAGCAAAAAUACAACUCUACAAACAUCUUCUCCAGCAAACCCAAAAUUACAGCGGAAAGUGGUUCAACUAUUUAAGUUUAUUAACCCAUAAUUAAAAUUAUUGAGUUCAUGUAGUAACAUGAGUUAAAAGACGUAAACUUCUACCUCAUUAUCUAACAGCCUACAUUUAUUUCCCGUUAACUUAAUCAAUGUUCGACUCGGUUAUCAGCCAGACAGAAACAUUUAAGAAAGCAUAAGCUUUGAUCUAAUCACCCGGACGGAUAGGCCAGAGAUUGAAUACCUAACAACUAAUACUUAACUGUAUUUUUAUCUGGGAUAGCCUACUUUCUUUCCCGUUAAGAGACAUUGAUUGUAUUAGGAGGCAAUAAUUUUUACUAAUGCAUUAACUUUUCAGAUUCUUGAACUUAUCCUAUAACUGAGGUAGCAUCUUUUCAGACGUAUGCUUUCUCAAUAUUUGUACAAAUAAAAAAGCAUUACGAAUAUUUUUAUAGCAAGUUACUUUUAAUUUGAAAUGAAAAAUAUGUAGUUACGACUUAUUUGCAAGAUGAGAAUUUAAUAAAUAUUUACAUUACAGUUAGAUAGUUUGUGAUUAGUUAUUUGACAAGUUGAGUAACAAACAGUUUGAUUAUUAGUAUGCGAAAUUUUAGGUGUGACAUUUUUACAAGUAACUAAGUAACUGCACUUUCAAAGAAGUUAUCAGCAAAUCAAAAAGUGAAUAUUAGUUGACUAGAAAUUCUCCAAGGUUAACAUAACGUUAACAAACUGUAACAUAUUGAAUAUACAAACAAUAACAAAGAAGCAACCAAGAAAACAAGCUACUCGUUGCAAACAGUCUGUAAACCAAGCUUAUUCCAACUAGAUAAAGAAAAGGAACUAUCACCAUACCCAUGAAGACUUAUGAGAUCAAUAUGAUCGUCUGAUUGACGAACUGCAAAAACACCAUCCAAAUGUACAGGGCUAAUACCCAGAUUAUAUAAUAUAAGGCCGAUUACAACAUCUUCAAAAGGAAGUAAUUUAGUAUAUCUCAGACCAACGGAAAGCAGCUUUGCGACAGGCAUGCUAAGAAUAAUGGUUCCGCCAGUAGGAAAGGGUGGAUACAAAUUGUAUGGAUAGUCUGAGUAGGAUAUAUACCAUUUAUUGGACGGGAACCUCAUCGGUUUGGAGAUACGCAACACAUCACCAGCUAUAUAGUUCAAAUACUGAGUUUCAGUAACUUCGGCAAGUGUCCGAAGCAAAUUAGACGGGUGCAACAUGAAAUCAUCGUCAAUCAAAGUGAAAAAUCGAGGAGAGGAACAUUCAUUGAUAGCAAAGUCUAAUGUCGCUAUCAGCUUAUACGUAACAUUAUGAUAGUCCUCAAUAAAAUCAAACUGAACUAUAUCGUUAUGCUUUAUAUGUUCUUGUAAUACCAGAUUUUGAGUACUGGAAUUUUCCCAAUCGGUGGAACCUGAUCUACCAAGAAUAAAAAGAGUUCGAGCACGCACUCCGGAAUAACGGAAACAGUUUGAAUUACCCCAAGAUUGGCGUAUAUUAUUACGUGACUCAAAGUGUAACAACGCUGAUUUGACAAAAAUAACUAGAUCUGGUGAAGCAUCAGAUUGAUUGGACAAUUUACAAGAAUGUAUUGGUUGGAGAAUUGCGUUAAAUUUAACAGGAUUUAUAGGUUUAACCGAUGACUUGUUGUUCGACAUUUUGAACUCAUUUUCAUAUAUCACGUACAAAUCCACAUUAGGCUGAUGUUCAAAAUAAUUUAAACUCAGGCCCUGAUUACUAUAAACUAAAUAUGAGAUUGAUAUAACAAGAAUUAAAAAUAAUGUAAAGAAAAACAUAAAACCCAAGGUUUGUUUUCUUGAGAAAUGUCGCCUAUACACUUUUAUGUUAAAAUAAUUACUCUUCUGCUUCUCCAUUGCGUCAUAAAAUCCAGUUCUGAAAAGUUGGAAAAUUGAAAACUUUAUAAUGAACUUGUGAUACUAUUAUUGUACAAUUGAACCACCCACAACAUAAUCAUUUAAAGAAACACAAAAGUUUGAGCUUAUUUUAUCUAACUAAUCCAAAUAUAAACAAAUACUUUAUGUUAACAAGUCCAGUAUAGCAAAAAUAAAACCUAUUACACAAGUAAAUAGAGUAUAAGAUAUCUAAUAAAUAAAAACAUGUAUGGAAUAUAUUUUCAAAGUAAUUUCAAAGCAGAUUUACGAUACCAACAAACGUAAAUUUAUUGCUUAUUACUACAGAAUAACUGAGUAGCCUAAUCACUGUUAACCAGUAGUUACAGAAUAAUUAAAAGAUUCUGUAAAUUACUAGUAAAAUGAACAUUCCGACUUCUUAGUAGCAAGAAGUCAGAUACUUAGUAGACUUCCAAUAACGUAUAGAAACAUAAAUUUCUGAUCACAUAACUGAUUGACCGAGUUUUACCAGCAAAAAGAUUGUCAUUCUGGUAAGACUUAGUCGGUGAGUAGUAUGACCGACAUUAAUGAGUACUAAAUCCAAAUUUCGUGUCAUGGUGCCCAGAACUGACGACUGUUAGCAUAAAAUGAAAAACUCAGGUUUUCGACUUUACUACACAUGAUACAAAAGGUUAUGGUAAUCUCUACAGUACAAGUAUUCAUACUUACACCUCCAAUCCCAGUUUGGGACAUAAAACGUUCUAGUUUCUGAUUAAGUUUUAUAUAUAAGAGCUAAGUGGAGUCCACUAGCCUCAAAAUUUAAACGUUUUAAUAAGUGGUUCACGUUCUAGAAUAAGAAGUAAGGAGUGAAAUAAAUUCACAAAUAAGGUAACGUGAAACUGUUCCAAGUAAUUAGCGAUCAUUUGCACUAUGGGCACAUCUUCAUAACACAAAGUCAAACAUUAAUGUCUUCAAAAUUACCGAAUCUGAGACAGCUAAAACGACAUUGAUUAUAGCUUAGUAACAUUAAAGAAUCGGACAAAUAUCGAAUUAAAAAGUCAGUUAUUGUAGAAUACCAGGAGAUUCAUGAAAUCGUAGUCUGAGUAUGGGCAACUAAAACUGGAGUUCAACGAAAACCCUACAUAAAACUUACGAAGUAAAUGGUUAUACCGAGUAGUUCCAGUUGUCUACUGAUCUUUAGUGCAAUCAAAGAGAGAAAUAUAGACCCAUCAUAAAGCAUUUACCAAAGUAUAAUAUUCACUAGUUCAUCACAAAUCAACAGUACUUUAUCGUCAGGUGGUCAUGGAAUGGUGACUGCACAUUUAGUAUUUCAGAAGCCUCAACCGUAAAUAUACAAAACUUUUACUCGAACAUCACUCCUCAAAAAAGGAUUGUUUAAUCACUCUGAUGAACUUGAAGGCCUUUUAACAGUUUCUGGAAGUUUUGAUAUUUUCAAGCAUUUAACACAUUGAAAAGUAUAGCAUGGAGGUACCAUAAAAAAUCACUAUAAUAUACACGAAGAAUUAACUGAUGAUUUAUGAAUGUUAGUCGAAAUUCAAGAACUACAGUUUUGAUCUGUUUGUUCAUUAAGAUACUCAAUCAAACAAUCUGUCCAGGAGAAUUGAGUCUGGAGAUAUUUAUUUGUUUGAAGUAGAAACAACUGAGAAAUGUUGAAAUAGUAAAAGUGCAGCAGGAAUCAUUAUUACUUAACACAUGUAUCACCGUCUUCUGAAUCCCUAUCACUUCACUUGACAUCAUAACUUAGUUCUGCUACGAGUUGUGAGCAAAAAAUAAAUAAAUAAACACUUCAGUACAAUGCAAAAGCCAUAAAUUGUAACGUAACAAGUUGUGCACAAAGCCCACCAUGUAAAAUUACAACAUGGAUAAUGUAUUUCUCAAGCGAAAUAAUUAGGCUUAUAUAAGUUUUUAGAAAAUAACAGUUUAGAUACUCGAACUUGAGCUACAUAUUCUCUGAAAGGUAACGAUAAUACCCGAGUUCACAAACGAAAGUACAAGUUGUGGUAAAUGGACCCGAGACUUAGUGGCUAGAACUCGUGUCUUAAUAACCAAACUAUCGCUCCACGGCAGUAACGUGAAGAGAAAUAUAAUAAAGUACAGUUAGAAAUGCUUUGUCCAACUAUCAUAAAUUUCGUACGAAAUUCUAUUCGAAGACAAAAUUUAUAAACGCAUCUUACUACUUGUAACUAUCAAAAGCAAACAAGACAAAGACGUACCGUGGAGGACAAGAAUGACUUACAAAAGUCUACUUCCAUGUAAUUAUCCUGGAUUCUGGCAGAUAAGUGGAUAUUUGUACACAAAAGCAAACAUAAAUGACAUAAAACCUAACAAACAUAUCCGUCUGCCCAAAUUUCUACACUUAACAUCACCAAGGCGAGUAGAGAUAUGUGGCCUGGUUAGUUAGAUUUUGAGGCUAUGAAUGGAUAGCAAGAGAAUUUGUCGAUUAGUUGUAUGGUUUCCUAUAUAAAAAAAAGCCUGAGAAUGGUUUUAAGGAAGACAUUUGAUUUUAUGUAGAUUUAAAUGCCAAUCGGAAGAGGUUAGUUAUAACAUAUAAUGCAGUAAUAGUAGUAGUAGUAAUAGCAAUGGUAAUCGAUACACGUGGAAGCUGAGGACUCUGUGCUAAUAUUUAGCAUUCACUUAGAUCACAUUCUCCAGAUAUAUAAUGUUUUUAUGAGCUAGUAGAUACCAACCGAUUUUUUUGACCUUUCACUGUGUCAUUUGAGUUUUCAAACUUUUUAUUUAUUGAAAUCAUAAACAAUCUUCCCUCUGAUAAUUAAAGUACUGAACAGCACUUAAGUGCUAGGGACUUUUCAGCUACAGAAACCCUAAAUUUUCUAUGUAGUUAAGGAACAACAGCAUUAACUCUGUACACACCCAAUCCCCCUAUUUGAGGGGAACUACGAUAGGAAACUUUGGGGAAGUUUUAGGGAAAUGGCAUGAAAAUCCCGAAAUUUCCCCAGGUCUGUGGAAAAUCCUGAGAAUGUUUGGGGAAAUGUCUAGGUUUUCUCCAAUAUUUCCCCUAAAUCUUACAACACUUUAAGGUUUUUCCCCAAAAUUCCCCUAAACUUUAGGGAAAACUACUAUAUUUUUUACGGUUUUGAGGAAAACCCGAAAAAUUACCCACAGUUGCCCAAAAUAGGGAGGUUGGGCAGUUAGCACUUAUUGUAAACAACAUACUAAAUAUUUCUUUAACUAGCCAUAAAGUCCCAGAUUUUUCUUUUUGUGCUUGCUAGACAUGACAACAAACGAGAACAGUGUUCACAGAGUUAUCUAGGUAUAGACGAGUGGACUACUACGGCAACGCUCCUAGGGUAUCGUCCACUGAUGGGGGUUGCGAGCACUUGAAGGUCAAACUGUCGCAAAAUGAUUGGUGCGUCACAUCGACAAUUCGUGAAAAUUUUCAGAAGCGGUCAAAUCAAGACAUUUUUAGAUUUGAGUUGAGUUCAGCCACACUAUGUCUGAUAACGUUCAUUCUUCAAGUAACGAAGACGAUUCCAUCGUGAUGAUGCAUGAUAUAGGACGAAUCUUCAAUGAUAUUAUGUUAUCUCGAAGAUUUACAGGUUGGGACAAUUUUGAGACCUGUUUGAAAGAAGUACAUAAGUAUACGCAUACUAAGUACGUUAUGUCAGUAUGCAAAAAGAACAGUGAUGAUUCAACUCUAAAGUACUUUUUCGUGCGAUAUGUCUGUACAUAUGGACGUAAACGCAGUUCGUCAGAGUCAGAUGCUUGCGUUCAGGAUGUAGAUGAUGAUAGUAAUAAUCAUUCUUCUGAAGAGCAUACAACUUCUAACUCGCCAACACAACCUAGGCAAAGGAGACGACGUCGGUCAUCUACGUAUGCCUUACUUCAAAUGAAUUUAUCCUUCAGGUCGAAAUAUUGCCACUGUAAAUCAGGAUUUUGGGUCCGGGCACUGAAUGGUGAGUUGAAACUCACCUCUAUUAAAACCGUGCACAACCAUCCUUGCACAGAAGGAUAUAUUUCUGCCGAUCCAUCGAAACGACAGUUGACCUCAAGUGAACGCUUGUAUUUAAGAACGUUUCUACUGAGUAAUACACCAACUCGUAGCUUACGGUAUCUGGUUUCUUUGAAGUUCAAUAAACAACUUACCAAGGACGAUAUCGCCAGAAUGCGUUCACAGUUGUACCCAGACACUAAAAAUAUCAAUAACAUUUUACAGCGCAUUCAAGGUAAUACUGAAGUUAAAGUAUUCUAUGAAAAUGGGAACAUGUCUAUGAUUUGCUUCAGCCGCAGAGAGCAAAUAGCUGUUUACCACGCGUUCCCGGACGUAAUAUGUAUUGAUUCGACUUAUCAGACCAAUAAAGUCGGGUAAGUGACGAUUAGUAAUAAAUUUAUCUGAAAGCUUUCCACUGUUCCAGCUAGUGGUCACUGAUAGUCUUGGGCAAGGGCACACUGUUAUGUAUGCUCUUUGCAGUCAAGAACGACGCGAAGAUAUAGAAAAACUAUUGGAAUGUUUUAAAGAGAUAAUGUGCGGUACUUAUGCUACACGCACGUUCAUUAUGGAUUCGGCAGCGACCGAAAUUUCGGCUGUGCAGUCUACGCACAGUCAUUCUAACACAAUACUUUGUUCAUUCCAUGUCCUAAGAGCGUUUUUCAGGAAGUUCCGAAAUCCUGAUGUGCGCAAAUGCUUGGAACAGCUUGUGAAGACUAAACGGUCUGAUAUGUGAGCUUCGCUUUUCAUAGCGCAUUAUAUUCAGAUUUACUCGAAAGUACGAACAUCUAAGAACUCAUUUUCCACGGGCGUAUGAUUACAUAAAAGAUUACUGGAUUGCUAGGAAGUCAAUGUGGGCUCGCUGUUACCGGCGACAUGUAUUAAGCCUGGGCAACCACACAAACAACCGUGUUGAAAGUGCUCAUAAACACCUAAAAGAAUGUCUCAGAAGAGGUGAUUCCCUAUUAUUGACGUUCUGGAAAAUUUGGAGUAAAACAGACAUUGAUGUACGUUUGCGUCCUUAUGACGCUGUGAAGGAUCUUCAACGUUUUCCUAUUCUUCAGGUAAGAAAUAUAGUUAAAUGUAUCAUUAAUUCCAGGUUCCAAUGUCAUUUCGAACUCUUCUAAUUGAGUUCACACCUUUUGCAGCUAAAAUUGUAGCUGUAAAUUAUAAACGUGUUCGGACAAUGAGACACGAAUUUAUAGAAGGAGAAUACAUCCGGUGCUACGACAAGGGUAUGAUGUAUGUUGUUGAUACUUCACGUGCACGAUGUGCUUGUGAGCGUUUCAAUGACUACAUGCUGCCCUGUGGUCAUAUUUUGUAUGCACAUUCUAAAGAUCUGAUUCGCGGAGACUUAUUUCGACAUAGCAACCGGUGGACAAGAAAAUACAUAAUGGACCUGGUUCUUCGUGCGCUGGACAACAUCUCAAUCUCUACAGGGAGUGGUGAUCUGCUAGAGAAGUUCACUAGCAACUACCACUCAAUCCAUGCUCUUAGUGAACCUAUGGCAAGUAAACUCAUCCGUUCAUGCCUCGAAGCAUCGGAAGACAUAUGUGCACAGUUGAUGAGUUCAGUCGGUGCUAAUGAUGAAGCUACAACGUCAGAAUCCAUUGUUAAUGCAGACCAUAGCUAUGCUUCUUGCUAACAAGAAGAUCUAAUAUUGUAAUCUUUUUAGUUUUACAUAAAUUCAUUUAUAUGGC